UAGGAGGAGCGGACACCAGUGUCCAGGGCCAACCUAGCCCUCUCUACCCAGUCGUGCCCCGCCCCGUCCCGUCGGGGCCGAUGGCUCCUUCCGAGGCACGCAGUCCGGGGGGCGCAGGGUAGAGCUCCACAGACCCGCCACAUAGCCGGGGGACUCCUCGGGUCCUUCCGGAGCCCCGCGGAGUCCCCGCCGUCUGUCCGGCGGGCUAAGGGAGCGAGUGGGAGAGCCCUCCCCCCUGCCGCCCCCUCCCCCGAGCGUCGAGACAAGAUGCUGCCCGGGCUCCGGCGCCUGCUGCAAGGUCCUGCCUCAGCCUGCCUGCUGCUGACACUCCUGGCCCUCCCUCCUGUGACUCCCAGCUGCCCCAUGCUCUGCACCUGCUACUCAUCCCCACCCACCGUGAGCUGCCAGGCCAACAACUUCUCUUCAGUGCCACUGUCCCUGCCACCCAGCACACAGCGACUCUUCUUGCAGAACAACCUCAUUCGCUCCCUGCGGCCAGGCACCUUUGGUCCCAAUCUACUCACCCUGUGGCUCUUCUCCAACAACCUCUCCACCAUCUACCCUGGCACCUUCCGCCAUCUGCAGGCCCUAGAGGAACUGGACCUGGGUGACAAUCGGCACCUUCGCUCUCUGGAGCCUGAUACCUUUCAGGGCCUGGAGCGGCUGCAGUCACUACAUCUGUACCGCUGCCAGCUCAGCAGCCUACCUGGCAACAUUUUUCGGGGCCUGGUCAGCCUACAGUACCUCUACCUCCAGGAGAACAGCCUGCUCCACCUACAGGAUGACUUGUUCGCGGACUUGGCCAACCUGAGCCACCUCUUCCUCCACGGGAACCGCCUGCGGCUGCUCACGGAGCACGUGUUCCGCGGCCUGGGCAGCCUGGACCGGCUGCUGCUGCACGGGAACCGGCUGCAGGGCGUGCACCGCGCGGCCUUCCACGGCCUCAGCCGCCUCACCAUCCUCUAUUUGUUCAACAACAGCCUGGCCUCGCUGCCGGGAGAGGCGCUGGCCGACCUGCCGGCGCUCGAGUUCCUGCGGCUCAACGCCAACCCCUGGGCGUGCGACUGCCGCGCUCGGCCGCUCUGGGCCUGGUUCCAGCGCGCGCGGGUGUCCAGCUCCGACGUGACCUGCGCCACCCCGCCCGAGCGCCAGGGCCGGGACCUGCGCGCGCUGCGCGAGGCCGAUUUCCAGGCGUGCCCGCCGCCCACGCCCACGAAGCCGGGCAGCCGCGCGCGCGGCAACAGCUCUUCCAACCACCUGUACGGCGUGGCCGAGGCGGGCGCGCCCCCCGCAGACCCGUCCACGCUCUACCGAGACCUGCCCGCCGAGGACUCCAGGGGGCGUCAGGGCGGGGACGCGCCCACCGAGGACGACUACUGGGGCGGCUACGGCGGCGAGGACCAGCGGGGCGAGCAGACGUGCCCCGGGGCCGCGUGCCAGGCGCCCGCAGACUCGCGUGCCCCCGCGCUCUCGGCCGGGCAGCGCACCCUGCUGCUCUGCCUCUUGCUCCUGGCGCCCCAUCACCUCUGACUGCGGUGCUCAGACGGAAGAGGCCACGGCCUUUGGCCUGCCCCCCUUCUCUGCCCCACCGAGCUGCGGCUCCAUCCUCCUCGUCCCUUGUUU